GUGAUGGGCAAAGUCCGAAUUCAAAAAUCAGCCCUAAAAAAAUGGCGGCAAGUCGUACCGACGCGCUGGUCGGACGUGCCAUCGCAGCCGAUGCCCGCGGGUACCGCCACCUCGUGUCGCUCUACAAGGCCGAGUACCACAUUGACGAGCUACAAGCGAGUGACAAGGCGUGCGUCACGGCUGCCGUACGCGCCCUCCGAGUGCACGACGCGGCGGCCGACCGGGCACCGGCACCAACAGGCGUUGCCGUCUUGACCGCGUAUACGACCGACUAUAGCAUUGGUGCUGCUUGCGCCGCCGUCAACAAGCAGUACGCCGACCGCCACGGGUACGAGUUUUACUGCGACGAACUGCCGUACGAUGAGAUGAUGGCGGCGAUCGCGCCGCGCCGCUUUUGCGGCUGGUACAAGGUCGCGAUGCUCCGGCGACUCUUGGCCAACAUGGACGAGUUGCUCGAUCGUGGCAUUGGCUAUCUUUUCUGGAUCGACGCCGAUGCUGUUGUGGUCGACCAAACCAAACCUGCGUCGGCUCUCAUUGCUGCGGCGGGCCAUCGCGAGCUCAUUCUCGCCGAAGACAUGAACCCGUGCUGCCUCGUCAACACGGGCGUGCUCCUCGUCCGUGUCUGCGAGUGGAGCCAGCGUGUCUGGGAUGACGUCUGGACCAUGCGGCGGUACUUUGACGUCUUCUUUUACGAGCAGUCGGCGCUUCUCCGCGUCUUGAAGCAGCGGGACGAAGGCCUUUUGGACGUCCAGCCCUUUCACAGUUUUGUCAAGCAUGGACCGAGCGGUCUCAAGCUCUUCCCACACGUGGCCGUGACACCCCAUUUGGCGCUCAAUUCGAACCGGUGUCGCGGGCUCACUGUCCACGUCAGCGAUCCGACUCGGCGCAUCGACACCAACUACUCCAAGGACGAAGACCCGAACGCGAUGGCCGAGUUUAUCUUCCACUGUGCCGGUCGUUGUGACAAGGCGCGAACACUCGAGGCCGUGCUCACUGCCCACGGGCUCGACACGUCGUCGCUCGAGCUCUCGCAGCUCAAGCUCGUGCGCUCCAAAACGACGGUGACAAAUGCUAUCCCCGAGGUAUAGCUCCAUACGAGAAACACGCUUCAGUCCAUGCCAAAAAGGACAUAUGUC